UAACUCGUCGAGAGCGAUGACGUAAAACUCCUGCGACUCCGGUGUCGUGGGUCGCACAAAAACAAUUGGGCCGAGUGCGGGCAAUAUUCCGUAGCUCGGAUAACAAACGUUGCGUUUAAAACGAGCAACGUCGUGUGAAAAUGACAGUGUGCAAUUUUUUUCUUCAGGGCCGUUGUCGUUACGGCGACAAAUGUUGGAAUGAGCACCCGACCGGAGGAAACAGAGGAGGAGGUGGAGGAUACAACAACCACAACAACCGCUCUUCUGCUCAGCCUCGAGGUGGUGGAGGAGGUGGAGGGUUUGGAAACCGAGUUUGGGUGAAUCCUUCCCAGCAAAAAGGAGGCUAUAUCCAGCCUUCAUCUUUCUCCUCUCAUGGAACUGAGGAAUGGGGUCGAGGAGGAGGCGGAGGUGGAGGAGCUGACUGGGGUAAAGGAGGGGGAAGCCGUGGAGCUGACUGGGGCCGAGGAGGAGGAGGAGGAGGAGGAGGAGGAGGCGCUGGAGCUGGAGCUGACUGGGGCCGAGGGGGGGGAGGAGGCGCUGGAGCUGGAGCUGACUGGGGCCGAGGGGGAGGAGGGAAUGACUGGGGCCGGGGAGGAGGAGGGAAUGACUGGGGCAGAGGGGGAGGAAAUGACUGGGGCCGAGGAGGUGGUGGAGGGAGAAGAGAUAACAUGAAGAGCUCCGAAUUCGGUUACUCUUCUCAAAACAAAUUUGCAGCCCUUGGUACUUCCGAUACCUUUGACAGGGGAGGAAGAGGGGGAGCACAACAGGUGCCUGCUGGUGAGGAAGAUGAUGACAAAAAACUGGAGAUCAUUCAGAUGGACAUGGAUGUUUGGGAGAGUUCGGGGCAGUGGGGCUUCUCGUGUUAUUCUAGCUUCACAACACCUUUAUCUGGUUUCACUGAUCUCUCCCCAGAAGAGCUCAGGCUGGAGUAUUACUCUACAAGAGCUUCAGGAGAUCUGCAGAGCUAUGUCAGUGGUAUCAAUCAGUUGCUCAACCAGUGGAGAAGCAGAGUCCAGGAACUGAAGGUUAUGAAUCCAGCCACCCGCGCAGCUUUGCUUGCAGAGAUAAACUGCCCAGCACCUCAGGCAUCUUCAAGUGGCUUUGGUUCUGCAACAGCGACAGGAUUUGGAUCCUCUACAUCGAGCUUGGAAAGCAAAGGCUUUGGGGCUCCGGCACCAACCCAGGCCAACACGUUCAGCUUUGCUGCUCCAAGUGGUGGAUUUGGUUCCUCAGUGGCACCAUCCUCCUCAACAGGUUUUGGCAGUGCCUUAGCAGCUCCAACGCAACCGCCCUCCGGGUUUGGUUCCUCCACUGCAGCCUCCUCUGCUCUUUCUGCUUCUUCGUUCUCCUUUGCUGCUCCGACUACCGACAAGCCAGCGGCCACUUCAGGAUUUGGCUCUGCCUCAGGGUUCUCCGGCGGGGGGUUCGGGAGCGGUUUCGGUGCGGAAGCAUCUGCUGCAGCUGGAGGUGGCGGUAGUUUUGGACAGGCGAGUGGAGGGUUUGGGACGACCCCUGCUCCCCCUGCAGCUGGAGCCGGGUCUGCCAGUGGGGCAUUGGACAGUCUUUUUUCAAAUGAGAGCAAUAUGACUCCAGAGGAGCUUAAUCAGUUCAAGGCUAAGAGGUUCACUCUCGGCCAGAUUCCUUUAAAGCCUCCCCCAGCUAACAUGCUAGUGGUGUGAUGUGAUGCUAAAAUAAAAAGAUAAUUUAUACAAAGUUUUUUUUUUCCUGCAUAGUGCUUCUGUUUAAACCAACGUCAUAUAAUGUUUAAGAUAUGGGUAAUGUUUAAAUACUAGAUUAGUUCUGAGAGGGUAAACUCCCUAUGGUUCUAUUUAAUACUUUUGUGUAAAUGAACGACAUGCUUUAGGUUCAGCUGCUGUACAAUAAACUACAUCUUUUUAGAUGUCUUUUGUCAUAUAAUGUACUAUUUUUGAAUGUCUUUCAGAAUUGUUCUAAAUCUAUUUGGACAUUUUACUUUCCCAGGUGUUACUGACAGUAAACUGAUCAGUUGAUGAGCAAAGUUUCUGAAGGUUUAUUUGCAUGAUGGUUUGAACAUGAUCUACAGUAUAAUACAAAACAAAUGUGCCUUGAACCUGGUUAUACACUGUUAUCUAUCAAAAGUCUUGCGACAAUUCAGACAUAUUGUCCUCUUACCUAGAAAUGUAUUUCACUGAAUACUUAACCGUAGAAUAAAAGUGUCCUCUAGUAA